AUGUUUGCUGCUCCUGAUGAUGAUGGGCCCGAGGGCUCCCUUGCUGGUGAUGUACCUGUGAUCUCUCCGCCUAAGUCUGAGGCUGCGCAUGCUGCGAUCUCUCCGCAGAAGUCUCAGGGCAGUCUCUGCGGCGAAUCUCCGGACAAGGCCCUGGCCUCACCAUCGCCGGCUGCAGGCGUGGAUGCCUCCAGUGUGGAGGCGCCGCCGCUGCCGCCAACGCCCACGCAGCUUCGGCCUUCCACCGUGCCUGCGGUGGAUCCUUGCACCUUGUGUGCAAAGCGCCCUCGUGCGCAGAAGCAGAAGUUUUGUUGCACAUGUCGUGCUGACAUAUCCGCGGCCAAACGUGACGCAGAGAGGGAAAACCAACUUGAGUGGUUCAAUGACUUGGCAAAGAAAAAUGCCGAAGAGUUCCAGGACUUCAUGUUUGAGUACGUUAAGAAGCAGAGUUCCACGAGGCGCAAGUACUCCAUGCGCCUGAAGUUUGACUUCUUGCAGUAUCAGGAGGCUCGCCGCACACAAAGCAAGUUCAAGCUCGGCUACAAGGCGGUUUUCAUGCACAAGAAGCGCGCCGUGAACCACUGGAUGGAGCGUUUGGGGUUGGAGAGAUCCGAGGCUCUCACCAAGUGGGCUGAGGAAUCCGAGGCGGCAAAGUACAAGCUCAUGAAUGGCCCCCGCGACAGCCCGUUGCAAAUCCCUGUGAAGCUCGACGACUUUUUGGUGGUUGAGGACAGUGUGAUAGACGAGAAGAGCAUGGUGAAAGACUACAAGAAGGUCAAGCACUCCGCGGAAGCCGAGCAGCUCAUGGAGGAGGCGUUGGAAGGCCGGGCAUUCACGGACAAUGACAUUGAGAGGUACGGCAUCGACGCAGCGAACAGCGACCUCGUGAAUUCGGUCUUUGGACGCAAGAUUGCUUUGAGACCACCCACCGCCGCCGAAGGUUCAGCUUCAGCUGCGGAAGACACUGCUGAGCAGGAGCCCGGGCCCGCGAAGAAAGCCAAGACCUUUGAUGCUGGCACCGAACGCAUGGCUAUCACGAACAAGCUGAUCGCCGCGGUGGACAAGGAGCUCGAGGCACUGAAAACGUGUCGGUCAGACGUGGCGACCUUCCUGCAGGACAUGGACGUGGAAAAUAUGUGCAACAGCCCGGACACGCCUGCGAGUGAACGUGAUGCCAUUCGCCUCUUAGACGCUCGCUUCAAGCUGUCGGAGAAGCUCGUUGGCAGCUACGAGCCGGGCAAGGCCCUUGCGAGUGACGAGGUGGUGGCCAAAGAUACUGCAGCCUACGCAGCCGCGUUCCAGACAGAGGUGGCCGAGAUGCCCGACAUGUUUGCCCAAGCCUAUCCUGUUUCCCAUAUCGUGCGGCAAGUUCAAAUCGAGGUCAAGAACGUCAACUCCCAAGCAGAACGCAAAGCGCUGGAGCAGGACUUCAAGCCUGUGAUCAACCUGCUAGGUGUCAUGCGAUCGUCUUUGAAGAGUGCGCACGACAAGAUCAAAAAGUUUGCCAAAGACAAGACAUCCAAGCAGGAAAGGGAGAAGCGCGCCGCCGACGCCGCGCAAAUGAAAGCCAUCAGCACCGAGAAGAGGAAACGGGAGGCGGAAGAACGAAAGCUUACAAAGGCUGCAGAGAAGCAAGGUCGCGUGGGGUCUCUCUGGGACAUCGACUACGUGAAGCUGGGUGUGCAGGUGAUGUCGCACGAGAUCCUGAAGGAGCCCGGUGACUUCCAGAAAUUGAAUUUCUCCCGGCCGUGGAUCGCGCGAUACUCGCUCUCGACGCUGCCCAACACGAAGAAGGUCGUGGAAGACGCCAAGAUUCAAUCUUGCCUAGCAUCUUUCUACAAUGGCUUCCCUGGAUCCGCGGCUUCUUUGCAGGGAACGAGACGGUUCACGCAGGCGGUGAAAGAGACCAAUGAUCUACGAGACAUGGUCCUUAAGGAGUUCGGCAUCGCGGAAUCACGUCCAGGAGAUGGGUAUGAUGCGCUGCAGUCCAUGACAGACACCGUCGCUGUGUUCGGCUACGGUGAGGAGAUGACUGCCUGCGGGCUCGAUGUGCUUCAGCUUCCCUCCCUGCGUGUGCAGGUCCAGGGUCAUCGUUGGGUGUUCAUGAUGCCCUUGGAGGCUGUGGUGUCUUAUGUGAAGACGACAAAGAAGGGCGAGCGAGUCGCCUACAAAGAUGUGCAGGACUUUCUGAACGCGCUACAGCCCAGCACUGUCGCAGCGUACCUGACCAUGUUCCCGGAUGGACUUUGCCACGCGUUGAUCCACAAGGAUACCAUUGCGUAUGUGCCGCCAGCGUGGGUGCUCGCGGAGAAGGUCGUCAACAUGAAGUGUGCCUUCGGCCUUCGCGUGCUGUGGUCCCCUGCCAUGCAACUGGAUCGAAAUUUGGAAGCUGCCGCCGACUGGGUUGGAGAUGCUGCUGAGGGUGCCGCGUCUUCCAAAGGCCUCGCUGCGCUCUAUGCGCAGUGUCAAGCCCGUCAGGUUGAACAAGACAAGGAGGCUGCAGAGCGAGCCCAGUUGGAGGAGCUCACGCGCCAGGAGGAGGAAGCCCGGGCCCGUGAGGCCGAGAUCCAGAAGAAAGCCGCGGAGGACGCCAAGCAAGCCGAGAAGAAAGCCGCGGAGGACGCCGCGCAAGCCGAGAUGCAGAAGAAAGCCGCGGAGGACGCCGAGCAAGCCCAGAUGCAGAAGAAAGCCGCGGAGGACGCCGAGAGAGCCGAGAUGCAGCAGAAAGCCGCGGAGGACGCCGAGCGAGCCCAGAUGCAGAAGAAAGCCGCGGAGGACGCCGAGCAAGCCGAGAUGCAGAAGAAAGCCGCGGAGGACGCCGAGCGAGCCGAGAGGCAGCAGAAAGCCGCGGAGGACGCCGAGCAAGCCGAGAUGCAGAAGAAAGCCGCGGACGCCCAGCAAGCCAAGAUGCAGAAGAAAGCCGCGGAGGACGCCGAGCGAGCCGAGAGGCAGCAGAAAGCCGCGGAGGACGCCGAGCAAGCCGAGAUGCAGAAGAAAGCCGCGGAGGACGCCCAGCAAGCCAAGAUGCAGAAGAAAGCCGCGGAGGACGCCCAGCAAGCCAAGAUGCAGAAGAAAGCCGCGGAGGACGCCCAGCAAGCCAAGAUGCAGAAGAAAGCCGCGGAGGACGCCAAGCAAGCCGAGAUGCAGAAGAAAGCCGCGGAGGACGCCCAGCAAGCCAAGAUGCAGAAGAAAGCCGCGGAGGACGCCAAAGCCGAGAUGCAGAAGAAAGCCGCGGAGGACGCCAAGCGUGCCGAGGAGGACAAGCGCCAGGCCGAGGUCCUGAAGAAAGCUGCGGAGGAUGCGCGCAAAACCGAGAUCCAGAAGAAAGGCCAGAAGAAAGCCGAAGCCCAGCAGCAAGCUGACGAUGCCGCGCGUGCUGAGAAGGCAAUGCAACAGUUCUUCGAGAAGAAGAAGGCUCACGAGGACGCAAAGCGCCGGUGA